CAUCAAAGCGUGGGUCUUAUGUAAAGCUAGAUCGAGUUUGAAUAGAUACUAAUAGUAGUAUAUUUAUAAAUGCUUUUAGCGCUACCCGGUUUAUAACGUGCGCUGUUAGCUAGCAGACGACAUUUGAGAAAGCUUCCCCAUUUCCUCGUGCAUCACCCGAGUUACUCUCGUCGCUGGUUUUCGUCUGCACGUGUUGUCAGUCACGUUCCGUCAGUUUGUGGACAUUUUGCACACCGUAUGAAAACAAUCGCUCUCUUUUGUUUUCACUUUGACAAGAUGGUUGUGUCUGCAGGUGGACUUUUCCAGAUUUAGUCUCUCUUUGUAAUACUGCAUGGUUUGCCUCCGGAUAAUUCUUGCCAAGAAAUCGCUUUGCUGCUUGCAACUACUAACCAAUGGCGCUCUCGGUUUCCAAACGAUUGGUCUACGUCAUCAACCUCGGACGGAUGGGAUUUCUCGCGGCCAAUGAUGUUCAGAUGCGUUACGCCCGCCAGCACCUGGACGCGCUAGCCGGACACCCAUCGACGCGGCCUAAGAACGUCAUCCUCAUGGUGGAGCACAACCCGGUGUACACGGUCGGAAUCCGCAACUCCGAGUACGGGUACGAAACGGAGAACAAACUGAAAAGUCUGGGAGCAGAGUUCUACCAGACUAACCGCGGCGGGCUGAUAACGUUCCACGGCCCGGGCCAGCUGGUGGCGUACCCGAUCCUCAACCUGCAACACUUCAAGCCGAGCAUGAAGUGGUACAUAUCAUCCCUGGAGAAAACACUCGUCCGGAGCUGUAAAUAUUUCGGAGUCUCGGCGCAGACGUCCACGCACACGGGAGUCUGGGUGAAAGACAGGAAAAUUGCUGCAAUCGGUGUGCAUGGAAAGCGGUACGUGACGACACACGGCAUCUCUCUCAACUGCAACACGGAUCUGUCGUGGUUCCAGCACAUUGAGGCCUGUGGAAUUCCAGAAAAGGAAGUGACAUCCCUUUCCAAAGAAAUGGACCGGCCAAUCACAAUUGAUGAAGUUAUCGGACCGUUCCUUGAAGCGUUUGAAAAGACUUUCGACUGCCACAUCGACAGUUCCAUGUUGGAGUCGGGGAACUUCAGUUCGGUGUUCUCGCGCAGUGUGAACGGACCAAAAAUGUACAGUGACAUUAGACAGAUGUCGACAGCGACGCGGAAAUGAAGUCCUUUUUGAAGGCUAGGCGCCCAGUAUGCUUGCAACAUUAUUAUUCUAGCAUUGCAAUACUCACUGCUGUGGAAUACAAACUUUUAUUGUACUUGUGGAAUACGAACUGAACUGUAUUUAGUACAUGUACCAUGUCACAUGUAUGUAUAGGUUGGGGUUUUAUAUCUUGCAGGAUGUUCCAGAAUUGAUCACGUGUGUGGGGGCAGGCGACUACAUUUAUGUAUAGGCUGGAUCGUAUAUCUUGGCGAUGUUUUAGUACUUAACGAUUACAUGCAGGGUUUGAAGUUUAUCAUACCAAUGACAGCAAGUGUACGUGGUUGCCCCUCUUCCUUGUCCAUUGUAAAGAGAAAAAAUAACAGCAGACCUCCCCAACCCCCCUAAAUAAUACAGUGCCACCUGCCUCCCCAACGUGAUCAUUAGUAUUCAGGAACAGCCUUGAAAAAUAACAAGUGUUUGCUUUUUAAACUUUAUGCAAUUAA